AUGUCUCGAGAUAGGAUUUGGAUGGAUAUGAAUAGGGAUUCUGCAGAGUGGCAGAGUGGCAUUAAGGAAUUUUUAGAUUUGGCUUUUGAUGGUAGUCCUGGAAGAUCAACCGCUUUAUGCCCAUGUAGAAGAUGUCUCAAUGCUAUUUACAAGGAAAGGGAUGAAGUACACCUUGACCUGCUCAUGAAUGGGAUGGAUCCCAGUUAUACUUGCUGGAAAUACCAUGGAGAGGAUUCAGAUGGCGAAAGUACGGCUGAAGGAUCUGAAGGUGAAGGGGUGAGAGGUGAUGACUUUGCAGUUCGUGAUUUGCUCAACACUCUCAUACGUAGCACCGAGCCACAAAGUAGCAAAACCACAGGUGAAGGUACUAGUGAAGAGAUGUUGCAUGAUGAUGGUAAUAUCCCAGAAGGGUCUGCAGAAGGUAGAAGUAACGAAGAGGCAGGUGGAUGUGCCAAGGCUUUCUUUGCUUUGUUGAAGGAUGCUGAAAAGGAGUUGUACCCUGGUUGCAAGGAGCUCACAAAGCUUUCUUUCAUUGUGAGACUCUACCAGAUAAAGUGCUUGUUUGGGUUGAGCAACAGGGCAUGUGAGGCAGUACUUCAAUUGUUCACAGAAGCGCUUCCAAAAGGUCAUUGUAUUCCAAAUUCUCUCGAGAAAGUUCAGAAGAUAAUCCGGGAUCUUGGGCUUGACUACCAAAAGAUACAUGCUUGCAUUAAUGAUUGUGUGCUAUUCCGGAAAGAGUAUGCUGACAUGGAUUACUGUCCGACCUGUAAGGAAUGUAGAUGGAAAGCUGCUGCCGCUGAUGAAUUAGAUGUCGAGAGGACAAACCAUAAAGGGAAGAAGCAAGUGGCCCGUAAAGUUCUAAGAUAUUUCCCACUCACUCCACGGCUACAACGUCUAUUUAUGACCGAGGCUACAUCAUCAUAUAUGAGAUGGCAUAAGGACGACCGUGUGGAUGAUGGUAUAAUGCGGCACCCUGCAGAUUCUUUGGCAUGGAAGCAUUUUGAUAACAUUUAUUCUAAAGGAUUCUCUUCGGAUGCACGGAAUCCUUUGAUAGAUGAACUCAAAGAUCUAUGGUAUGUUGGUGCCGACACAUAUGAUGCCACAACGAAGAAGAACUUUCAGAUGCAUGCAGCCCUCAUGUGGACAAUUAAUGAUUUCCCAGCUUAUGCAAUGCUAUCUGGUUGGAGCACAAAAGGAAAACUAGCAUGCCCAUAUUGCCACAUGCACACAGACCAUUUAUGGUUGAAAUAUGGGCGCAAGUAUUGUUACAUGGGUCAUCGCCGUUUUCUAUGUCGUGACCACAAGUGGCGUAGAAACAAGAGUUGCUUCAAUAACGAGACAGAAAAUAGAGAUGCUCCGGUGCCACUCUCGGGCAAUGACGUGGUACAACAACAUGCAAGUUUUGAGCAGGAAACCUUUGGGAAAACUAGAAAGAGGAAGCGUGACGAUGAUAAUAAGUGGCAUAAUUGGAGGAAGAAGAGUAUAUUUUUUGAUCUCCCUUAUUGGAAGAACUUGCUUAUUAGGCAUAAUUUGGAUGUAAUGCACAUUGAGAAGAACAUCUGUGACAGCUUUUUAGGGACACUGCUUGAUAUGGAUGGUAAAUCAAAGGAUACUCUGAAGGCCCGUCUUGAUUUGCAGCACUUAAAGAUAAGGAAGGAUCUGCAUCCAAAUGUCAGUAAUGGAAAGUAUACUUUAAAUCUAGCUUGCUAUAAUUUGACCAAGGAUGAGAAGAAAAUGCUAUGCAAGUUUUUGCAUGGUGUAAGGAUGCCCGAUGGUUAUGCAUCAAACCUAAAAAGAUGUGUGGACCUCGAAGGUUGUAAGGUGUCUGGGCUCAAAACUCAUGACUGCCAUGUCCUCUUUCAGAAACUUCUUCCCAUUUGGGUACGCAAUAUACUGCCCAAGAAAUUUGUUGUCCCAUUCCUCGAGCUAAGCCUAUUCUUUGCUGCGAUUUAUUCCAAGGAAUUAAAUCCUGAAGAGCUAGCAAAGUUGAGUCGUACAAUUCCAGAAACUCUCUGUCGACUUGAGAUGAUCCUUCCACCCCAGUUUUUUGAUAUCAUGAUGCACCUUCCUAUUCACCUUGCUGAAGAAGCUCGAUUAGGUGGACCUGUUGCUUACCGAUGCAUGUAUCCUGUGGAAAGAUAUUUGCGCACACUUAAAGGAUAUGUGCGGAACAAAGCUCACCCAGAAGGUUCAAUUGCCGAGGGUUACAUAGCUGAAGAGUGUCUAACAUUUUGUAGCCGCUUUUUUGGUAACAUUGAUACCAAGCUUAACCGGCCAGAGCGUCAUGAAACUGCAGCUAGAGAUGAAGGACUAGCUGGACUUAGUGUAUUUGGCACAAUUGAUCACUCAAAGAAAGGUUUCACAUUUGAAACACUUUCUAAGGCAGAGAUGAAGCAAAUUAGGCACUACAUAAUAACAAACUGCGAGGAAUCCAACUCAUGGACCGAUGAGCAUCUGGAUGAGCUUACAAGGGCUGGUGCUCACGGUGUCCAGAAACGGCACAGAGACGAGUUUGUAGAUUGGUUCGAGAGGCGUAUCCAGGCACUUCACAAAGAAGGGAAAGUCAAUGAUCUUUUGUAUGCCCUAUCUAGAGGACCUGACCCUCGAGCUCGUGUUUAUAACCGCACCUUCAUUAAUGGGUUUUUCUUUAGAAAUGAUAGUGUAGAAAGAGAUUUGAAUACCCAAAACAGCGGUGUUGUUGUUAGGGGUGAUGCUCGAUCUGGCAACCUUGAUUGGUUUGGUGUGAUCAAGAAAAUUAUUUGUGUAGAUUUUCCCUCGGAAAAGGAGGUAGUGCUAUUUCAAUGUGACUGGUUUGACGUGCCCUCUGCCAAUAAAAAUCAAAGCACGGGCUACAAGAAGGAUGAUUAUGGCUAUAUCGAUGUAGAUACUACCCGACUUCGAUAUAGGGAUGAUCCCUACAUACUAGGCAUUCAAGCAGAACAAGUGUUCUAUGUGAGAGAUGUCAAGAAGAUAAAUUGGGCUUCUAUUGUUAGAUUGAAGCCGCGAGACCUAUAUGCCAUGCCAUCAGUAGGAAAUGAUGACGAUGGAACCGGAGCUGAUGCUGACUUAUUUGAUAUUGUAGUUGGAGAUACAAAUGUACCAGACAUAGACGGGGAUGUCGAAAGUUGGUCUAGAUCUGGCAUGGAAGGUGCCAGUGGUGAUGCGUCAGAUAUUCCGAAGAUACCCGAAGUUGAUCCCGGAGAUGAUGAGCUUCAAUCUGAUAGUGAUAGCUGUGAUGAUGAUGAGACAUAUAUAAAUGAUGGCCAUGUUCCUCAUUUAGUACUCGAAGAAUCUGAUGAUGAUGAGUUUUUUGUGUAGAACAUUAGGAUUAAGUUCUCUAUAAUAUAGAGAGGAACAGAUCUUUCCCUGUUGCUUGGUGUUAUAUUAUGUUAAUGUGAUGAGAAAUUUCAAUAUCAUAACUCUGUUUUUACACAUUGCACUGUUUAGACAUGUUGCUAUUUUUACUACCAUUUGUUUCUUAAUUGAUUAUCCCCUUCCUACCUUUUGUCAUGCAU